GUUUUCUCCAACUCAGAACUCCAGAAACCAUUCAACUCAAGUCUUGAGAAGCGUCUAUGGCGCUAUCUCCUGUCACUGAGGAAUGCUCUCAAACACAGGUUGGCCAACAAUAUCGCUGAUCAGGAAGAGAAAGACCCAGAGUACCUUAUUGCUGAAGAGUACGUGGCUCGAGGCAUGGGACUGAUACUAGCGAGUCGAGCAGAGAGAGCAAUAUUUUUCAUCUACAGCAGGGAUGACUCGAGUCUGGCCGACAUACACGUCCACAUCAAAGGACCGCACGGCGAUUGUGGAGAGGCCACGGCGGGGGAGCCCAUCGACUCGGAAAACCACACAAUCGCCAUUGACUACAGGCUCACACCUGAUUAUCUCAAGGUGUGUUACAUCCCAAAUAAUUUGGGAUACCAUGAGUUAUCGCUAACCAGAUACGGCUUCAACAUUCCCGGAUCUCCGUUCAUCAUCAAAGUAGGAGAACACACUGGACCGCCAUCAGAUAUGUUCUCCUAUCUCGAAUGGCUGACCGACGAGCAGGAAGAGCGACGAAGGUUGGAAAUGGAGAAAAAACGUAAAAUGAAAGUAGUAUCCCGCGUAAUAGACUUUAUAACCGAGAAAAUGCAUAUGACAGAUGACGGACAUUUAGUUAGAAUUGACGAGACAUCACUUAGGGUCCCCUCACCCGUACCCCACAACCUCAAACGUACCGGUAGAAGUUUGAGUCCCAGACCAAGAUGUAAACUGUCCUCCCAGAAACGAUCCAAGAGUCUCACAAACCAAAAACUGAUUCAGGCGGCUGAGUUUUUGAAAUGUUCAAGCCCAAAUUUUUUCGAAGAGAAAAAAUGUGUACAGGAUGCAGCAUCUCAGGUGAGUGACGAUUUUUCAAUGAUAAAUUCGGUGAGAAUUGAUCAGUUUCAGGAAAAAUGUCAGCGAAUUGUGAAAGCCUGUGAUUUCCUGCUAAGCCACGCCCCCAAGCAGAAAAGCCUUGAGAUCUUGUCGACCGCUGAGAAAAUACUAGAUAUCCCCUACAAUAACACUCUGACUCACCAUAAAAGUUCAUUCGAACUAUACAGACCUGACAACUCCGUCACUCCAGACAUAAAUAUACAGAACCUUGCAACAGAAUCUAGCCGGUCGUCGGAAACAGAUGAAGAAAAAGAAGUGAUCAAACCUUGUACGCCAGAAAUAAAUGUGACCAGAGUUGAUUUCUCAGAUCGUUUGUAUAGUAUGAGGAAAUUCGAUGACGAUGGUUUAAAUGCUGUUUCUAGUUUCAAUAGUAGUUCUUCAACGAACGAGAAUAUUUCAACGCCUCAUUUGAAUAGAGAGAAAGACAGGAGCAAGUCAACUUCGCCGCAAAAAGAUGCCAAGAUGGCUAGGAAGAGUUUUCAGACUGUUGGUUAUACCAAAGCUAAACGGUCAUCUCAGAGCUCUUUUCCAACUAGUAAUAUCAGUGAUGAAAUUUGUCCGAGUGAUAAUAAGAAUGAAAAAAUCGAAGAGAACCAAAAUCAAAUCAUAGGAGAUAAUAAGGAAAUGUCCGAUACACCAACUGUGGACACAAUUGGAGAAAAUGAGGAAAAACAACAUGAUUCUGUAGGAGACGUUGAGAAUCUUUCCAAUGUACCAACAUUAAAUACAAUUGAAGGAAUCGCAGAAGACAAUAGGGAUACCACCAAUGAAAAAUUGGUAGACUCAAGUGAUCUUUCUCAGAAAAAUACUGAGGAGGAAAUUGAUUUUGAACAUUCUUCCACACGUCAAAGUAGAAGCAGGGAGCCAAAACUUACAAGAAACAGUAAGCAGGCUAAGAAAGUAAGCAAUUUGGUGAAACAAUUUGAAAAUCAAUCAGUUCGUUCAAGUGCAUCUCCACUAAGAAAUGAAUUAGUUUUGGUGAAGGAUGGAGAAACCGGUGAUAAGGUUGAAAAUAGUGUCAAAACUCCCAUUGAGGAGAAGGAAUUGAGUGGUACUAAUAUUGGAAUUAUAGAGAAGGACUUUGGAGUAGAGAUGGAUGAUGGAAAGAUAUUGGAAGACAAAAAGAGCUUGAAAGGAGAGAUAAAUGAUUUAAAUGUUUUUGAAGCAGAGAUAAAUGAUGGAAAGAGCUUGAAUGUGGAGAUAAGUAGUGAAAAAAGGGUGAAAACGGAGAAAAAUGAUGGAAAGAUUUUGGAAGCUGACAUGAAUAAUGAAAAGAUUCUUGAAGCAGAGGUGAAUGAUGGAAAGAGCUUGAAUAUAGAGAUUAAUGAUGAAAAGAGCUUGGAAACAGAGAUAAAUGAACAAGUCAUGAAAUCAAGUGAAGAUGAUAGUGAAAUCAUCAAAAUAACUGGAGAAACAAAGGAAAAUGCUUCAAGAGCAGAUAUUUGUGAUCCUCAACCAAGUGAAGAGCCAGAUGAAAUCAGUGACUUUGUUUGUAAUUCACGUAUUGAAGUAGAGCAAGAUAUUAAGUGUAGCACCAAUGAAUACCAAACGAUAACUGUUGAUGAAACUGAUAAAACUGUUGGAGUUACAAGUGGAGGCAAUGAGGAAGAAGAUUCAAGCACUCAAAACAGAAUAGACGAUUGUAUCCGUGAUGACAAAAAACAAUCAGAAUAAUAGAAAAUACCAACAAUGAAUCCGCGUUGAUAGAAAAUAAAGAUGAACCUGGAACAAUAUCGGAAAUAGCUGCUGAAACAGCAAUUGUAGAGGAAAACAUACGUGAAAAGACUGAGAGUGGGAGUGUUAUCAAAGGAGAAUUACAAGGUAUUAGUUCAAUCAAGAGUAGAAUAUCAGCAUUUGAAGAUUUAUCACGAAAAAAUGUAACAUACUCUGUCGCUGAUAAUAUGGAGGAUGACGGUAUUCAUCACUCGAGGAAAAAAGUAACACCAACUGAAGAUGAGAAGGUUGAACAUAAUGAUGAUUUUCUAGCUGAAGUAAAUGAAGAAAAGGUAGAAGACAUCAAGCGUGCUGGUGAGCUGCUAAAAGAAGAAAAUCCACUACUAGAAGUUAUAAAAGAAGAUAUUGGAUUAGAAAAUAAGGAAGCAAUAAAUAAUUUUGAGAAUCUUUCAAAAUCUGAUUCUCCUGUAGAGGUAGAAGGCAUGAAUAAACACAUAGAGAAUGUUGGAAAAGAUGGAGUUGAAAAGCAUUCUGACGAAGUUUCAAAUUUUGUGGACGAUGAACGAGUAGAUUAUUCAAAUAAAUGCUCAGAUAACCAAUCAGAGAUACAGUCUGAGAACAAUUUGAUUCACGAAAAUUCAGUAGAAAAUACAUUAAAACAGACCAAUAUUACUGAUGAAGUUUUCAAUGAAGAGUGUAUUCUCUUAUCAGUGAAACAUCUGUCAUUUGACAGUGAAUUCAAUCAACUUUAUAAAGAGGAGCAUGUAGUUGACGAAGUAGAUAGAAUAGAUAUCGAUGAUAACACCUUGUUUGAUGGUGAUUCUACCAAUCAAUCGCCAACAAGUGAAAAUGUAAUAAUAGAUCCUCUUAAAGAUGAAACCCUCAUUUCUGGGAAACCAGUAGAGAAUACCGUUUUGGAAAAUUUGGAUGAAGUGAGGACAAUAUUAGGACAAGAUACUGCAGACGACAAAAAAGAAGAAAUGCCUAAUAAGAAUCUAGAUGAAAUUAACAAUAGUCUUGUUUCUGGAUUAGCUCCUCCCUCAGUCCAAGGUAGUACACUUGGAAAGGAAUUUUUGGAAAUUCAAAAUGAGGUGGAGAGCAAGAGUGAUCAUAGUUUGAACUCUAUCACUGGAGAAGAAGUAGCCUCAAAUAUUGGAAUCAUUAAUGAAGAUCACGUAAAUGUAACAGGUUCGGAGCCGUUAGUAGAUAUUGACCCUUCUAGUGAGGUUCUGGCAGAAAUAGAUACGACUAGAAACAUUGAAGAAAAAGUUUUGAAAUUGGAAAUUGUUGAACAAUAUGAUGAUGAUGAUGAUCAGAAGAGCCCAUCAAGCGUUUUGGAACCAAUCAUCGAACAAAUCAAUGUAACUCCUUCCCAAACCGAUAUUGUAUCAGUUACUGGAGGUAGAACUGAGGAAGCCACAGAUUGCAUACCUGCAGAGAAUAAACCUGAGAAUGAUGAGAAUAUAGUUGGUGUUGUUGUAUUAGAAGUAGCUUUAGUUGGCCCAAGUAUGGUCAUUGAGAAGAAUGGGGAAAAUAAUGAUGAAGGUAAGAAAGAACAUUUAAUAAUCAUGAAUAAUGAUACAAGUGUACCAUGUAACAAUACAGAAACUCUCAUAGAGAAAAAUAAUUUGGAAUCAGUUGGAAGUGAUACAAAAGUUGAUCAAAUUACUCAGAAUGAAUUGAUUGAGUCACAGCUGGAAAAUGAAUUGCUAGAGAAUGAGAAAAAUGAAAACUUUGUUAAUAAAAUGAAAGCAGAUGUGAGUGUGGUAAUGUUGUCUACUGAAAAUGUAUCAAAUGUAACUGAUGGUACUAGUGGAGCACCAGUUACAGAACAUCAGAAAUCAGAAGAGGACGUAAUUGCGGAGAAUUUUGAAGGAAAUAGAAAUGAGAAUUUGAAAAUGAAUAUUUCAGAGAAGCUUGAUGACAACAAUGAAAUUCUUGAAGUUGAAUACACUGAUUUGAAUAUAGUCUCAACAAGUGAGGAAGCUUUAUCAAAGUCAAAUGAAGAUGACAACGCAAAUGAAACUCUAGAGAGUGAGAAUGAUCUCUUGGUGAAAGACAAUGGAGAAAGAGAUGAAAAUGAAGUAAUUGACGAUAAACCUAGCGAAUCGACAGUUAAUGUAAUAAAUGAGGAGGAAAACAAAUCUGAAAUAUUGGAAAAUAGCGGAAUUAACAUCCCUCUUGCACUUGAACAGGAUGUAUUGUUUGAUUCAAAUGAACAAAAAAUAUGUGAUGAUGUGAAAAUUGCUUCUGAUGAAAUUGAAAACAGCUUGAUUGAAAAAGAACAGCAUCCUUUUGGAGAAGAUGGAACAUCAUGUUCAAAAACGGGAGCAGAUGAAUCUAAUGAUAAUGAAUGUUUUACCAAAGGUGAUCCUUCAAGUGAGAAUGAAGAACCUGCUGAAACACUACAAAACGAUAAACUAAUAAUCGGUACAGUAUCUCGUAUUAUAUUGGGGGUGGUUGGAAUGGAUAUUGGAACAAAUAUUGAACAAGUCAGUGAGAUAUCUAUAAAUAUAGCAAAUGACUCAAAUGAAAAGAUUUUCAAAUCUCCAGAAGUGAAGAACAUCGAUUCUAUUGGAACAAAUUCUGUAGAUUGUUUGAGAAAUGACACAUCUGAUAACAAUGAACAAGAUUUUGUAGGUUCUGAUGAGAAUAAAUCAACUAACGUAGAAGAUUUCAUUCAAGAGCAAAUCAUAAUAGCAGAUAUUGGAGGAGCCAAAUCUGAUCUCAAUAUUAUUGAUUCAGAGGAAAAUAAAACACUAACAGAUGAAGCACGAGCUGAUGCGGUUCAAGAAGGUUUGUCGAAGUCCACUGAAGAUCAAUUAUCGAUGGGUGAUUCAAAUGUAACAGAAGUAUUGAAUAAUAAUAAAAAAAUACUUUCCAAAGGAAUAAGACUGUUAAAUAAGUCAGACAUUGCAAAUGCAGCUGAAGAAAAUAAGGGUGAGAUUGAUGAUAUGGCAAUUAUUCAAGACCCUGAAACGUUCAACUCUGGUGGAGAGUUUCUGAAAAAAGAUGUUGAUGAGCAGAAAGAGAGUUAUUUUGAAACAGGAGAAGGGGUUGAGGAUUUAGUUGGUGAUACUGAAGGUACUAGACAUAUUGAGACAGGUGAUAAAAUAGAGGAGAAGAGUUCAAAUGAUGAGGAAUCAAAUGAAGUUGAUGAGUCGACAAAUGAUAAUAUAAUUGAGAAAAUCCACGAAAAUUUGGAAGUAAUAAAGGAUGAAGAGAUCUUUGAUGAAUCAAGAGAGGAAUUUGAUUUAGAUAAAGAUAGAAACAAGGAACAUCAGGAAACUGCUGUAACAGAGACUACUGAAAAGGAUGUGAUCGAUGAAAAGUGUCAAAACAAGGAGAUUGGUGCACUUGAUACUGGAAUAGAUCCCAUUACUGUUGAGGGUACAUCAAGGGAAAAUAUUUCUUCAAAUAGUUCCGAUACUGGAGUGGACAAAAUAAUUCCAUCAAUAGAACCUCUUCAAAUUACAGAGAUAGCUACAACCACCAAUAGUUGUGGAGAUUCCUCAAACAUAGAAUCCUGUCAAAUUGAGAGAGAUGAACUUUUGGUAGUAUGUGACACGGAUGAAAAUAAUAUGCUACAAUUUGACCAUAAUUCUGAAUGUACUGAACCGCCUAAUGAAACAGGAAUGCAUACCUUGGAAGAGAAUGUUAUUCAUAACAUUGAUAAAGAGACUGUAAUCACUGAGGAUAAUAUUCCACAAGUAUUCGAGACUGCUAAUCAAAAUGCCAAUGAGAAAAAUACAGAAAUUGACAAUCUAGAAGAAUGUCCUCAAAUAGUUCAAAAUGAUAAUAAAGACACAACUGAAUUAAUCAAUAGAGUAGAAUGCUCAUUGGAGAACAGGACUUUCAAAGAAUGCUCAGUUGAGGAUGAAUCUCACAUAAUCGAGCAUGAAAUUAAGAUUGAUAAAAAUUUGGAGAAUAAUGGAGGAGAAUCAGAGAAAAGAAAGAACGAAAAUUUCACAGAAGAUGAAGCUUUCAUUCAUGGAAAUCAGAGAUCACCUGUAGUUGAUAACAAUAACAUUGUUUCUUCGAAAGAGGAAAGUGAAGAAUUGAUCAUCAAAGCUGAUGCCAAUUCUGAAGUGACAGAAGAUUCAGAAGUAACGAUUGGAAGGGGGUCAGAUGAUAGUGCAAAGGAGAGUGAAAUUAUGGAAGCAGUAGAGAAUAGUAUCACAGAAACAGUAGAACGUAGAGUAAUAACCGAGUUGAAUGAGGGCAUCACAGAAAAUACUGUUAGUGUAAUCGAAACAUAUGAGAAUGGGAAAGAAGCUAACAAGGUUGAAGAUUUCAAAAUUCAAUACAAUCUAAAUGAGAUAGGGGAAAACGUUCGUGAUCCUUCAGACAAAAUUGUAAUUGAGCAAGAACUGCAAGAAAAUACCAGUAGUAUCACUGAAGAAGACUUGGAAGAAAAAAUAAAAUCUGAGGACGUAAUAAUAGAACAGAUGAAUUUAAAAAUAGAAAAGAUAGAACAAUGCAUUGAUCUACAACAGAAUGAUAUUGAAAUGGUAGUUGAGAAUACAAAUGAUAUAAGUUAUUCAAUUGACACUAUUGAGGAAUCUUCUAUUGUAAAAGAGGAUGAUGAAAUUCCAAAGAAUGAAUUGAGGAUUAUUGAGAGUUCAAAAGACGAGCAUGUACAUGAAUCUCAACAUGAGAAUCCAAUUAUAGAUAUUCCAACUGAAGAUAGAUCUCAUGAGAAUUCAAAAGGAGGUUUAGAGCAAUCUGAUGAAGUCUGUGUUCCUUUGAAUGGAACUACUGUUGAACAAAAUAAAUCACUGGAAAAUAGUGUGAAAGAGGGUAUUUCAACAAAUGAAGAAAUGCCAGAAUAUGAUAAGAGUGUACAGGAAAUCAUUGUAGUGAAUGAAUCUGAAAACACUGAAAUGGAAAUUGAAGGCAAUAGGGAAAAUAAUGUCCUGGAUUUUGAUAUCGACUCCAAUUCCAAAGCAAUGAUGGAAUUGGUAAUGAGAAGCUUCUAGUUGAAUGUGAUGGAGAUGCUCCAAGUGAAUUAGAAUCGGAUAUUAAAGUUUCUGAUCUAGUAGAAACUAUUGACGAGAAAUCUGAUGUUGAAAACUCUACUAAAGCUAAUGAAGAAAUCCUCAUAAUGAAUACUGAUAAUUCCAACCCUGAGCUUGAAAGUCAGAUUGUGAUUGAAAGUGAGAAUAAUAUAAUAUCAAAUGAAUCAACUCAGUUGAUUGAUGUGAAUGAAACAGUUAUUGAAGAAGUCAUGAAACAAGCUGUUUUACAUGAAGAAGAUAUUAUGUUUUCUCCAAAACCUGGAAAGGAGAAUAUGGGAGAAGCUCUACUUGAUCCUGUUACUUGUGAGGCACAUUUUUCAUUACAAAAAGAACAUGUCGAUAUUGUAAGUUCUCCAUCGAUUGAUAAAUGUGAUAAACACGAUAUAGAAUCAGAAAUUCAUCAUUCAUCUUAUGAAGAGAAAGAGAAAGUUGUAAACGAAGAGCUAAUCAAUGUAGAUGAGUUUGAGAAGACAGUUGAUAACCCUGAACAAAUUGGUUUCUCUUUGAUAGACAAGAACAUUUCAGAUGGUGACAAUAAUUUAUUUGUAGACUCUUCAACUGGAAGACUAGUAGUCGAGUUACAAUGUGAUGGUGUCAUGAUUUCAAGUGAUGAUCCUAUUGGAACUAGGCCCUCAUCUCCAGAUUUAUUGGUAAAAUUGGAGGAAAGUGUACAGUCUUCACCUUUGCUAGAGUCAGAGAAAAUAACGGAUGACGUUGCUAAAGAUGAAAAUACUAUAAAUACUGUUCAAGAGAUAGAAAUCAGUAAUGACGAUUGCAUUAAUUCACAAGAAAAUGUCAGUUUUGAAGCUGAAAUUCCUUCUACAAUAAAUUUAAAAGACUUUUCCGAUUUUGAAACAGAUAAAUCUCUGAUAUCAGAAAAACUCGAGAGUAGCUCUGAGACCCCAAUAACUCCUUGUUCAGAAAUAUUAGAAGAUAAUCAAACACCAGACAAAGCUAUCAUAAAUGACGUUCAUCAAAUGGAUGAGAAAGAUGUCAAUUCACAAGAAAACCAGGAAUUGCCCAUGAAUGAUAUGAUAGAAAGUAGUUUAAAAAUGGAAAAUAAUGAUAAUAAGUCAAUCGAUGAAGUGACAAUUGAUUCAAUUAAAAAAGAUGCUAUUCGCAAGAUUGAUCGAGAAGAAAAUGUUGAUAUUGAAGAUGAGACUAGAGAGUUUGAAUUAUCAAGUAAAAAUUCGUAUGAGAGAAUAAUUCCUGAACUGAUUAUUACCCCUAAAGAUGAAGAAUUGGAGAGUUGCAAUAUUGAAAAAGGUGAUGGAAUUGAUAAUGAUUUCGGACAAAAAGGAGAAAUCUCAAAAUGUGAAAAGGAACCAUUCUCCGAAACUAAUGAAGACAUCUCAAUAAUGACUGCUAUAAAUAAAGAUGAAGUGGAAAUUGGUGAAUCUCAGGAUUUUGGACUAGAAGAAUUAGAAAAUUGUGAAAAUGAACUGGUUUCAUCAGAUUUUAUUGAGUCUUGUCAGCCAAAUGAAGGUUUAUUUGAUAAAGAGUUGGUGGAUGAUCUAGAUUUGAACAUAGAUGAAAUGGAUUCAAUCUCCACAACAAAAACGACCCAAAACAAUUUGGUUGGUGAAAUUGCAUCUUCAGAAGAAAAAAUAGUUGAACAGAUUACAUCUCAUGACACUUCAGUGGAUAAUCUGAUAGAAAUCGAUCAAACACUCUCAAUGGGAGCUGAAUCUCUGUUACCAGUUAAUGAGGGAGUAAAUUUGAAUAUUUCUUCUAUUGAAAAUCUUGUGUUGGAUGAAAAUAUUCAAAUUGAUGGCUUAAACGACAAGGAGCCCUGUGGCAGUAUAUUGGGGAAUGAUACAAUAAGGAAUUCAGAUGAAGUAGUUUCAAACAAUGUCAAAGUUGAUACUGAUCAGGAAGUCAUUCAAAAUGCUGAAAAUGGAGCAAAUAUUGGCAAGGGAGGGAUGAAACAGUCUAUAUUAUUAUCUUGUAAUGAACCAACAUCUGUAGUUGAUGGAGACACUCCAAUUGCUACAGUUAUCAAUUUAAUGUCAGAGAAUCUUGAGUCUGAUAAUAGAUCUGAUCAACAAAUUCCCUAUCCUGGAAGUAAUAUCAAUGAUAACAUCAUUGUUUCAGGCUCUCCAGAAGAUGAAAGUAUUUUUGAAAUUGAACAUAUUGGAGCCAAUGAAUCAAUGGUUAUAGAAGAGGAUAAGAAUAAAAUUGAAGCUGUUGAAGUGCAAAGUAUUGAAAGCAAUACACUAGAUAUUAAAACAAAUACAACAAGAGAAGUGAAGAUCAAAGAUAAUCAUGAACAGGAAGAAGAGGAAUUGCAGAAAGUAGAUCGUAUUUUGGAGGAGAAAGAUGUGAAUUUUGAAAUAAUUGAUGUCAAUGAUGAUUUAAUUCCAGUUGAAAAUGAACUAACAUCUGAUAAAACCGCAGAUAUUAUUGAAACGAAAGAAGAAGUGAAGAUCGAAGCAAAUUAUGAACAGGAAAAGGAUGAGUUUAAAAAAGAAAAUAGCAUUAUAGAGGAGAAAGGUGUCGAUCUUGAAAUAAUUGAUGUCAAUGAUGAUUCUAUUCCAGUUGAAAAUGAACCAACGUCUGAUAAAACCGCAGCUAUGAUUGAAACGAAUGAAGAAGUGAAGAUCGAAGCAAAUUAUGAUCAGGAAAAAGAUGAGUUUAAAAAAGAAGAUAGCAUUAUAGAGGAGAAAGGUGUCGAUUUGAAGUAAUUGAUAUCAAUGAUGAUUCAAUUCCAGUUGAAAAUGAACUAACAUCUGAUAAAACUGCAGAUAUUAUUAAAACGAACGAAGAAGUGAAGAUCGAAGGAAAUGAUGAACAUGGAGAAGAGGAGUUUAAAAAAGAAGAUUGCAUCAUAGAGGAGAAAGGUGUCGAUCUUGAAAUAAUUGAUGUCAAUAAUGAUUCAAUUCCAGUUGAAAAUGAACUAACAUCUGAUAAAACUGCAAUUAUCGAUAGCUCUUCAGGAGUUGAAUGUAUUCGAAAUGAGUCCCCAUCAACAUUUCAGUUAUCAGAACUCAGUCUGGGGAGGCAAGAAACGUUUCUGCUUGUGAGUUCAUCCAAUACUGAUACUACAGAUGAGAGCACUAGUAAAUGUGGAGUCAAGGGUUUGAUUGAGAGAUUCUCAAAUAACACAACAACUUCACCAAGUGCUUCUAUCAAAAUUGAAUCUAUUGUCCAACAAGAUAAUGUGAAGUGUGAUCCUCUCAGUGGAAAAUUGGAAGGAAGAGAAUUUUAUGAAGUAGAUGAUACUGAAACUGGUCAUAGCAAUAAAUUAUCACAACUCAUAAAACAUUUUGAAUCAAAUACUGUUGAUAAAGCUCAACGGAAUGUGUUGACAACUGAUGAGAUCGUUAAAGUAGUUACAUCAGACAAUGAUGUGAUUGAAGUGAGGAAUGAAAAAGAAGUGAUUGAAAACAAAACUUCUAAGGAUUCUGAGUUUGACCCAACAAACAUUCCCACAAUUGUAACUGAUGUGAUAUCAGAUGAGAAAGAUUAUGAAGAUGAAACCUUCUCAUCUCAGCAUGAAUUUGACUUGUGUUCAAUAGGUUCUCACGAUGAUGACGUGGUCAGCAAGAGUUACACAGACAUCAAUGAUGGAAGCAAUGAUUCUUUAACAAGAAAUGGAAACUUUGGGUCAACCGAACAUCUUUUACUUUGUGUUGGAGGUAUGGCAGAAUUAGAAGAUAGUGAGAUUCAACCAACAACAACUAAUGAAGAAGAAAUGAAUAAAAGUGAACUGAUAGUUGAUGAUGGGAAAUUUAAUGAAAUCAAUAGUCAAAAUGAAUCUGCUAUUGAAUUAGUACAACAAGAUCAGUCAUUGAUUAUAGUAGAGCUUACUGAAACUAUGAAUCAUGAAAUUGAUCGAAGUGAUGAGAUUGGUUCUUUGGAGACAUCUGGAGAAGUAAUGAAACGUUAUGGAACCAGUAAUGACCUUCUAGCAGAUCUUAUGCUUGAAGAAAAUUUGAUUGAAAACAAAGCUGAGGAUGAAGAAAAAUCAUUGGUGUCAUUCAUUCAAAUUGAUGAAUCCAUGGAUUUGAAAGAAGAGGAGAUAGUGAAAAGUGAAUUAGAAGAGCAUCCAUUGAUAGUAGAAGAAGCAGGAACAGAGGUUGAUAAUAUUGAUCUGCAAUCACAAUGUGUGAAAUUGAUAGACUCUGAAAAUAGUGGAGAAAGUUUUAAACAAGAUAGUAGUUCGACACUAAAUGAUUUGUUGAAAGUUGUAGUGAAUUCACAUUUAUCUCAAAAUGAAAUGGCAUCUCAAGAGACUAGUAUGGAAGUACCAUCAGAGAUAGCAUUACCUCCUCUAGUUGAAACACAUUCCGCUGAAUUGAAUGAAACUAAUGAAAAUCCAGUUGAAAGUUCGGAGCCACGAGAUGUAUGCUAUGAAAUCCUAAACGAAAUAUCGAAUGAAAAAUCGAAAACUGAGGAAGACAGUUUUUUGAAAACUUCGAUUUCUGACAAACAAGGAACAGAUAGUACAGGAAGUGAACUGAACAGGAGUAUAUCUCUGAUUGUAAACAGUUCAUUGGAAAGCGAUUUCUGCAGCAACUUACAAGAUGAACCGAUUUCAGAAUGUGUUUUAGAAACUUUGUUAUCCAAAAAUGAAAAUUUGGAGUCUGUGGAGGAACCUGAAAGAGAUUCGAUAGAAGAUAAUGUACUUUCAACAGAAGCUGGUGAGGCUUGUGUGGAGAUAAAUCAAAAACAGACCACGGAAGAACUUGAAUGGCUGGAUAAACAAACAAAUGAAAUACAAGAGCCAGCAAGUUUGUCUAGUUUCAAUCUAUGGCCGUCCAAUAAUGAUUGUAAGCCUUCAAUUGAGUCUAAUACAACUGUUGAACUUUCAGAAGAUAUUGAUUUUGACUCCAUAAUUUCUGCUCCAAGUCUAGAUGAAGCUCUGAAGAAAUUUGAGAAGCGGUUGAGUGAUAAAAUGAGUAAGGAAACUACUAGCACUAUACAACAGAUAAUUAAGUCUGAAGUUUUAGAAAUUGAACAAACUGAAAAUAAUGCAAAUCAUGAUAGAAUUAUGAUGGGAAAACAAGAUAAAACUAGCAUUGAGUUUGGAAAUUCUCAAAAUAUGAUAAAGAUUGAUAGUGAUAUUAAUUUGAAGCAGGAAAAUGAGAAAGAUGUAGUUCAUAUUACAAAAGAAGAAAAUACCUCAACUGAUAAUGAAAAACUGCAAAGUAAAACUGUUCAGGAUAGCUUCAAUCUAAAUAGUGAGAUUGAUUCAGUGCUAAUAAAUUAUGAAGGCAUUAUUACACCGAAUGCUGUAACCCCAGAUUUAAAGGAGUCUGUUGAACUUGAAAGUUUGGAAAAUGAUACAAAUUCUAAUCAAUUGUUGAAAGAUGAUGAAAAUUCCAAUUCAUUCACUGAAAGAGCCACCGUUCUUGAGGAAGCAAUUGUGACAGAAAAUUCUGAGAGUGACUCCAAUAAAAAUAAUCUAUCUUCAGAAUUGUUGAAUAAUAAAGAGGGCUCUAUCACACAAAACGUAGAUAUUUCAGUUGAUAAUAUCACGUUAAUUAAUACUGUAAACUCCCAGAAAGAGUUGAGUUUGAAUAGUGAGAUUGAUAUAAUGGUAGAUGAGGAUAAAAUUAUGGAUAAUUCUCAAAUUGAUUCCUACUUGAAUAGUGAAAUCGAUUCAUUCUUGAGAAAUGAAGAACAUCAUAUAACCCCAGAUAUAGAAACUCCAGAUGAUAAUAGAUCGGUACACUCUGAAAUCUCACAGAAUGUGACUCAUGGAAAUAGUGAGAUAGAUUUACUACUGGGAAGUGGUGAAUAUUCUGUGCCACAAGCAAUAGAAACAAUAAAUGAUAAUGAACUUGAUGAUACCAAAAACUCUCAAAUCGAGACAAAUUUAAUGUGUGAUACAGGAUCACUAUUAGUCAACUUGGACGAUAUUAAAGACUCUAUUGAACCAAAUAUGAAGACCUCGGUUGAUAAUAGAAUAGAAAAUGACGAUAGUUCUCAAAUUGAGUUUGAUGCUGAAUGUGAAAUCAAUAAUUCACCACUCAAGAACUCCGAUAAUAAUGGGAGUUCAAUGACACCAAUGUUGAUUGAUACACUAAUUAAUGAGGGCUCAACUAAUCAUCCUAGUGAAUCUGAUUCUAAUAUUGACAAUAGUGAUUUAUUGAAGGAGACCAUAGAUGAAAAUGAAAUUGCAGUAAAAAUUGAGGCUCAUGGAGAGGAUUUAAAAGAGCACAUUGAUCUACUUCCCAGUGGAGAUACAUUAUUGAUUGAUCAAAGUUCUACAUCUCAAAAUGAUGCUGAAAUAUCUCACACUAAUUCUCUUCUAGAGCCUUUACCAGUCAACAUUGAUGUGGAAGAGAGUAUUGAUCAUUCUUUCGAAUUUGAUGAGAACAUUCAGGCCACUCAAACACCAGAGCCAGUCAUCAAAUACUGUGUACCUUGUGUUGAUACAACUUCAUAUCCUCCAUUAUCAAACCAUUGCUCUAGACCGUCAUCAAGAAUGGAGGUUAUAAGGGAGGAAACAGAAGAAAUUAGUGACAAUAUACAAGUUGAAGAGACAAAAGAAGAGGGACUUUCUCCUUUUUUAGACAGUGAUGAUGUGUCAGUCUCUGAUAUAAGUGAGUGUUUGGAAAAGUUUGAUAGUCUCAUUCAAGAAACUGAACUCCGCGAUAGAGAUUUGCUUGACAUUGAUGAAAACAAGCUUGUAGAAAUAAGUGUGACAGAUUGUGAUACUGGAGAGCACAGUGAUAACUUGUUGCUUGCUGAGAGUGAAAUCCCAGAGUGUGAUAGGGUAAUUGAUGAAUUAGUGGAUAAUAGUAAUUCAGAACUUGGGCAUCAAGAUUUACAAGGUAAUGAAGAUCAUAACUCAGAUAUUGAUUCAAGAGAUGAGAAGAUUGUAGACGUUUAUGAAAUUCAUGAUAUUAUUCAUGACAAAAGCCCCAGUUUCAAUCUGAAUGCAGAUUUGAAUCGAAAUGACAGUGAGAAAAGUGUUGAAAAGAUUAGCAGUGGUGAUAUUUUAGUGAAAGAAG